AUGGCGAGCGCCGCCGAGCCCCCCGGCCAGGCGGCCGAGUGCCUGCAGGAGCUGACCCGGAUCGUCGCGGCGCAGCAGGAGCUGCUGGCGCGCCGGCGGCGGCGCAUCGAGGAGCUGGAGCGCCAAGUGGCGAGGCUGAGCCGCGAGAACGCCGGCCUGCUGGAGCGGCACCGGCGACACCUGGCCGCGUGCGCCCGCCGCCCCGACCCCGGCCCCGGCCCGCCGCCGCUCGGCGCCACCCCGGAGCUCGGCGGCCACCGCGACAAGUCAGAAGGAGAAAGCUCCCGCAGCAUCAGGAGCUCCCUGGAGACCGGAAGCAGCCUCUCCACGGACCGAUACAGCGUUGAGGGCGAGGCCCCCAGCAGCGAGCCUGGCACGUCGCUGGAGAGCCCCUCCGCCUACCACCAGGGGCCCUUGGCGCCCGGCUCGGGCCUGAGCCCGGAGCCCUACGAGCACGCGCCGGGCGGCGCCUAUGGGCUGUACGCGGGGCCGCCUGGGCAGCAGCAGCGCGCGCGCAGGCCCCGGCUGCAGCACUCGACGUCCAUCCUGCGCAAGCAGGCCGAGGAGGAGGCCAUCAAGCGCUCGCGGUCCCUCUCCGAGAGCUAUGAGCUCUCCUCCGACCUGCAGGACAAGCAGGUGGAGAUGCUGGAACGGAAGUAUGGGGGCCGCCUCGUGACCCGGCAUGCGGCCCGCACCAUCCAGACGGCCUUCCGCCAGUACCAGAUGAACAAGAACUUCGAGCGGCUGCGCAGCUCCAUGUCUGAGAAGCGUCUGUCCCGCCGCAUCGUGCUGUCCAACAUGCGGGUGCAGCUGUCCUUCGAGGGGCCCGAGAAGGCGCACAGCUCCUUCUUCGAGGGCAAGCAGGUCUCGGUGACCGACGGGGACUCCCCGCUGGGCUCCCUGGGGCCGGCCGAGUGUGGGGACCUGGGCCCGGCGCCCCCGCCCGCCCUGCAGGCCCCUGCACCCACUGGCGACUUCGCCGACGCCAUCACGGAGCUGGAGGACGCCUUCUCGCGGCAGGUGAAGUCGCUGGCCGAGUCCAUCGACGACGCACUCAACUGCCGCAGCCUGCACGCUGUGGAGGGGGCGCCUGCGCCCGCCGCCGAGCCCUCGUCGGGCCUACACGGCGCGGCCGAGCAGCGCCGGCUGGACGAGAUGACCGCCUCGUACAGCGACGUCACCCUGUACAUCGAUGAGGACGAGCUGUCGCCGCCGCCGCCCGCGGUACAGGCCGGGUGCCGGCCGUCCAGCGGCGAGUCGGACCUGCGGCUGCGGGCCGGAGCCGCCGCCCAGGACUACUGGGCGCUGGCCCACAAGGACGACCAGGGGGACACGGACACCAGCUGCCGGAGCACGCCAUCGCUGGAGCCGCGGGCGCGCGUGGAGCACCUGCCGCUGCUCACCAUCGAGCCACCCAGCGACAGCUCCGCCGACCUCAGCGACCGCUCUGACCGCAGCUCGCUCAAGAGGCAGGGCGCCUACGAGCGCGGCCUGGGCGGGCCGCAGAGCAGCCCCAAGCACGGCCCCCACGGGCCCCCCAGGGGCCUCCCCCGGGAGGAGCCGGAGCCGCGGGCCCGGCCGCCGCGGCCCCUGGACGCCCACCUGGCCAUCAACGGCUCGGCCAACCGGCAGAGCAAGUCCGAGUCGGACUAUUCUGACGGCGACAAUGACAGUCUCAACAGCACGUCCAACUCCAACGACACCAUCAACUGCAGCUCAGAGUCCUCAUCCCGCGACAGCCUGCGCGAGCAGACGCUCAGCAAGCAGACGUACCACAAGGAGACCCGCAACAGCUGGGACUCACCCGCCUUCAGCAACGACGUCAUCCGCAAGCGGCACUACCGCAUCGGCCUCAACCUCUUCAACAAGAAGCCCGAGAAGGGCGUCCAGUACCUCAUCGAGCGCGGCUUCGUGCCCGAUACGCCGGUGGGGGUGGCCCACUUCCUGCUGCAGCGCAAGGGCCUGAGCCGGCAGAUGAUCGGCGAGUUCCUGGGCAACCGGCAGAAGCAGUUCAACCGUGAUGUGCUCGACUGCGUGGUGGACGAGAUGGACUUCUCCGCCAUGGAGCUGGACGAGGCCCUGAGGAAGUUCCAGGCACACAUCCGGGUGCAGGGGGAGGCGCAGAAGGUGGAGCGGCUGAUCGAGGCCUUCAGCCAGCGGUACUGUAUCUGCAACCCCGGGGUGGUGCGGCAGUUCCGGAACCCCGACACCAUCUUCAUCCUGGCCUUCGCCAUCAUCCUGCUCAACACGGACAUGUACAGCCCCAACGUCAAGCCCGAGCGCAAGAUGAAGCUGGAGGACUUCGUCAAGAACCUCCGCGGCGUGGAUGACGGGGAGGACAUCCCCCGUGAGAUGCUCAUCGGGAUCUACGAGCGGAUCCGGAAGCGGGAGCUGAAGACCAACGAGGACCACGUGUCGCAGGUGCAGAAGGUGGAGAAGCUCAUCGUGGGCAAGAAGCCGAUCGGAUCCCUGCACCACGGGCUUGGCUGUGUGCUGUCGCUGCCCCACCGCCGCCUCGUCUGCUACUGCCGGCUCUUUGAGGUUCCGGACCCGAACAAGCCCCAGAAGCUUGGGCUGCACCAGCGCGAAAUCUUCCUGUUCAACGACCUCCUGGUGGUCACCAAGAUCUUCCAGAAGAAGAAGAACUCAGUGACAUACAGCUUCCGGCAGUCCUUCUCUCUGUACGGCAUGCAGGUCCUGCUCUUCGAAAACCAGUACUACCCCAACGGCAUCCGGCUCACAUCCGCCGUCCCGGGGGCCGACAUCAAAGUGCUGAUCAACUUCAACGCCCCCAACCCUCAAGACCGCAAGAAGUUCACCGACGACCUGCGGGAGUCCGUCGCGGAGGUGCAGGAGAUGGAGAAGCAUAGGAUAGAGGCGGAGCUGGAGAAGCAGAAGGGCGUCGUGCGGCCCAGCAUGUCCCAGUGCCCCAGCCUCAAGAAGGAGUCGGGCGGCGGGACGCUGAGCCGGGCCUGCCUGGACGACAGCUACGCCGGAGGCGAGGGGCUCAAGCGCAGCGCCCUCAGCAGCUCCCUGCGCGACCUCUCAGAAGCGGGGAAGCGAGGGCGUCGCAGCAGUGCGGGAUCGCUAGAGAGCAAUGUGGAAGGGUCCAUCAUUAGCAGUCCUCACAUGCGCCGGAGAGCUGCUUCAACACGAGACUGCCCACCUCGCCCACACCAGGCCAUGCCCGGCUCCUCCUCCCUCCUGGGCUCCCUGUUUGGGAGUAAGAGAGGGAAGCCCCCUCCCCAGGCGCACCUGCCCCCAGCCCCGCCCCCGCCACACCCUGCGGCCGGCCACCCCCAGGGGCCUGUGGAGGGCCCCCUCUCGGGCCCAGCGCACGGGCACCACGCCCAGUACUGCCACCUGCAGCAGAACCCGCCCCCCUACCACCACCACCACCACCACCACCCCCCGCAGCACUUCCAGCACGCACACCAGUGCCACCACGGCCCCCACGGGGGGCACCCCGCCUACGGGGCCCACGCGCACGGCCACCCGCCACUGCCUGCGGGCCACGUGGGCCACGCGGUGCACCACCACGGGCAGCCGCCCGCCCCACCGCCCCCCACCAGCAGCAAGGCCAAGCCCAGCGGCAUCAGCACAAUUGUGUAGACAGCCUGAGUGGGGGUCCCGGACCCCCCCGGAACACGUGCACACCACACAGGCGCGCCCAGGGGUGGCAGCCCCAGACCAGACCCAGGGCACCUUCUGUUUGCACCUCCCCUCCGCCCCCCGGCCUGGACGGACCCCCCCGAGCCCCGGGGCUCGAGUCACAGGGAACACAGCCCCCGGUUUGAGUUGGCAGGGGUGCCCCUCAGCCCGAGAGGUGGGCCUUGUCCUCCACCAGUCCGGAAACGGUGCCGCCGGCCGGGUAGACGUUGAACCGAAUCCCAGCCCCCAUCCCCACCCGGCUCCCAGCUCUCUGCUCCCUCAUUGUACCUGGGGGUGAUGACCCAGCCUAGAAAAAGAAAAGAUCACACACAAAACCACAGGCAGAACCAAACACACACCCCAAAACUUGCUGCAUUAUUGCUCUUUUAUUGACAAUGGGCAAAACCUAAGUAGACCUGAUAUGGUUGAUGAAAAUACGUAAGUAAACUUUAUAUCAUAUAAAUAUAUAAAUAUAUAAAUACAUAUAUACAUAUAUAUAUAUACUGUAUAGGUAGGAUUUGUGUGUGAAAGGCAAAUGUUUCAGUCCACAGAAUUAGCAAUAGAGACUUUAUAAGGAGCCCCACUUACCUGAUAGGAAGACAGAACCUUAGACAAACGUGUGAGAGAUUAGACCAAAAAUGUAAACGCUAGGGACAAACUCAGACUUCCAUAUUUUCGUAAGAAGAGACGCCCCACCCCCAGGACUGGCUGAAGUCUUUACGCGAUCACUACUAACCGUGCCAAGUAACAUAGCAUCUAAGUGUUUUCAAAGUCCGAUAUUGCUUUGUAUAAAUCCUUAUUUUAUUAACAGAUGACUAUCAUAGGUAAUCAGUAUUAUAACUGCUCUGUUAUUUCAGGUAAGCAAAUAGAUUUUAAAAAUGCAGUGAACUCUACCGUAGCAACUCGGGAGCACUAGUUCAGAACUGGUUGUCCCGGACUGUUGGUUACCCAGACUCUUAGACACUUUAAAUGGCUGCAAUAACUGUGAAUUUCCAUGAUCCAUAUUUCUUUCGUAUGCAUCCGGUUUACUGCACACUCAUUCAGAGCCCUCCGCGGGCGCCCCACACCCGGCAGAGAGGCGUUCAUCUCCCACAUGAAUAGCGACCAGCUCAUGCCCUUCUCCCCAGCACCAUAGCCCCUCAUCCUGUCUCCAGCCGCCGCAGGCAGACGCCCCGGAGAACCGAAGGCUGCUGCUCUUGGCGGUUAGCGAUCCAGGGCGGUGUGUGUGCUUCCCGUUUUGUUUUCUGAGUGGUGGCCGUGACCCUCGUGAUUCCAUGUGGCCGUGUGCUCGCACGCCCCCGUGUUACGCCUCCGCGGCCAGUCCGAGCCCGGCGAGGAGCGCCGCGCCCGGCCCUCCCGCUGUGCUCUGUCGCUUCCGUGUGUGGGGGCCCCGUCCGCUCCCUCGGGGCCGGAGUCACCCACGGGCCGUCCUUUGUAGUUUCAGCCCUUCGAGCCACUGCAGCCGCCUGUGCUGUGCUCCUAGGCCGCGGACCAGAGGACCGCCCCGGGCCCUGCCGGGCGGGAGCCCCCGCAGGAAGGGCGAAGCUGGCGCGGGACUGCACGGGCG